CAGGGAUGAGGAGUCAACAGGCACACAGAGAAGGUUUAUAAUGAACCUGUAUCUUCCUGACAGGGAUGAGGAGUCAACAGGCACACAGAGAAGGUUUAUAAUGAACCUGUAUCUUCCUGACAGGGAUGAGGAGUCAACAGGCACACAGAGAAGGUUUAUAAUGAACCUGUAUCUUCCUGACAGGGAUGAGGAGUCAACAGGCACACAGAGAAGGUUUAUAAUGAACCUGUAUCUUCCUGACAGGGAUGAGGAGUCAACAGGCACACAGAGAAGGUUUAUAAUGAACCUGUAUCUUCCUGACAGGGAUGAGGAGUCAACAGGCACACAGAGAAGGUUUAUAAUGAACCUGUAUCUUCCUGACAGGGAUGAGGAGUCAACAGGCACACAGAGAAGGUUUAUAAUGAACCUGUAUCUUCCUGACAGGGAUGAGGAGUCAACAGGCACACAGAGAAGGUUUAUAAUGAACCUGUAUCUUCCUGACAGGGAUGAGGAGUCAACAGGCACACAGAGAAGGUUUAUAAUGAACCUGUAUCUUCCUGACAGGGAUGAGGAGUCAACAGGCACACAGAGAAGGUUUAUAAUGAACCUGUAUCUUCCUGACAGGGAUGAGGAGUCAACAGGCACACAGAGAAGGUUUAUAAUGAACCUGUAUCUUCCUAACAGGGAUGAGGAGUCAACAGGCACACAGAGAAGGUUUAUAAUGAACCUGUAUCUUCCUGACAGGGAUGAGGAGUCAACAGGCACACAGAGAAGGUUUAUAAUGAACCUGUAUCUUCCUAACAGGGAUGAGGAGUCAACAGGCACACAGAGAAGGUUUAUAAUGAACCUGUAUCUUCCUGACAGGGAUGAGGAGUCAACAGGCACACAGAGAAGGUUUAUAAUGAACCUGUAUCUUCCUGACAGGUAUGAGGAGUCAACAGGCACACAGAGAAGGUUUAUACCUUAAUGUGCACAGUAUCAGGAUGAAGUGGUUAGAGUUUUAGACCCUGUCCAAAUACAAAAAAAUGCAUCCUUCCUCACUAUCGAAGCGCUUGCUGAUUGGUAAAACAGCACUGCAUAGCUUUCACCUGUCCAGUUAUAUCAGAACAGUGCAUUUAUGUAUAAACAGUCAAUUGUCCCAUGUAUGUGUUUAGGCUUUGAUAUCGAUGAUUACAUACACAGUAAGAGAAUGUAAGAGAGUGAUUGCACAUGCUGGACGCAUACACACGGUAGUGGUUCUCCUCUAUUACCUUGCUGUGGAUGA